AGAUGACAUCGGUGAUGCUCCUCUUUACCAGGCGGAAAGCCUCUGUAUGCGUUGCGGCGAAAACGGGAUAACAAGGUUCUUAUUAACAUCAAUUCCAUACUUUAGAAAGAUUCUGCUAUCAGCAUUUGAGUGUCCACAUUGUAAUGAGAGGAACAACGAAGUGCAGUCUGGUGAGAUCCAACCCCGAGGAUGUCAUUUCCAAUUGCACUUUCCAUCAGAUGCUCAAUCGGCAAGUAGUGAAAUCUGAGACAGCUACUAUUAAGAUUCCUGAACUGGAUUUCGAGAUCCCUCCAGAGGCUCAGCGUGGCUCUCUCUCAACAGUGGAAGGAAUUUUGGUACGGGCUGCGGAUGAAUUGGGGGCCCUUCAAGAAACACGAAAGAAAGUCAAUCCUGAAACUGCUGAAGCAAUAGGCCACUUCUUGCUAAAAUUAAAAGCUUAUGCUAAUGCAGAGUCUCCCUUUACCUUGAUUCUUGAUGAUCCUGCUGGCAACAGCUUCAUUGAGAACCCGUUUGCUCCAUCUCCAGAUCCAUCACUGACUAUUAAAUUUUAUGAGCGAACUCCUGAGCAACAAGCAAUACUUGGGUAUCUAGUUGACCCAUCACAAGGGGGAGAACUUGGUGAUGAAUUAUUAUCACAAGAAAUAAACACUACUGCUGAUGAAACUAGGAGAGAGCCGCAUGGAUCCAUCGGGUCAACAGCUAGCCAUCGGGCUAUUGCACAGGGUAAUAGUGCUGAAAUGGCUGAGGCUUUGUUUCGGUACUCUGCACCAGAAGAGGUGAUGACUUUUCCAUCAACAUGUGGGUCUUGUGCAGCCAAGUGUGAGACUCGGAUGUUUGUGACCAAUAUUCCAUAUUUCCAAGAAGUGAUUGUGAUGGCAUCCACUUGUGAUGCUUGUGGUUACCGAAGUUCUGAGUUGAAGCCCGGUGGUCGUAUUCCUGAGAAAGGAAAGAAAAUUAUCGUUCUUGUGAAGAACAUUAAAGAUCUAAGCCGAGAUGUGAUAAAGUCAGAUACUGCAAGUGUAAAAGUCCCAGAACUUGACUUGGAGCUUGCCAGUGGAACAUUGGGUGGACUGGUGACAACUGUUGAAGGCUUGAUUAUGCAAAUCAGUGAGAAUCUUGAGAGAGUACAGGGAUUUACUUUUGGAGAUAGUCUCGAUGAUAAUAAGAAAAACAGGUGGCAAGACUUCAGUACAAGGCUUAACAAGCUUCUGAGCUUGGAAGAGCCGUGGACUUUGAUACUUGAUGAUGCCCUGGCAAAUUCUUUUGUCGCACCAGCAACUGAUGAUAUUCAAGAUGACCAUCAACUAACCUGUAAGUACCUCAAAUGGUUCCCUGGUUUCUUUAAGGUAGACAAAUGGCUGGACUUUUUGACAGACGCCAUACAUAUACUUGUCAUGGACAAAGAUGUUGACAUUGACUGCUUUAUCGAGCACCACGGAAUGUGGAAUUAAGUCAACAGUCAAUCCGAAAUUCCCUGUAAUCAAGUUUUUUGAAACAAUCUUGUUUUGUUUUGUAAGCCCCGUGUGUUUUUUCCGGAUUCAAACAUCGGAUUGUGACUAUAAAUUUAAGGGGAGACACAUCUCACCUUUGGUUAGAAAUUUUGCGGCUAGGGCUAAAUAUCUGUGGAUGUAUCCUACAAAAGAUGGGAGAUACAACAUGUUUGGUUUAUCUAUCCUAUGCAGUCUAGUCUAACAAGGACCUUAUUGUACUUUCUUUGUUGCUGAUGAGUUUCUCCUCCUAGUAAUUGCACAUUUGCAACUGUUUACUGUGUUUUUUUGUUGGGCAAUGGCCAGUUGAGGAAUACGAGAGGUCGUGGGAGCAGAAUGAGGAGUUGGGUCUGAAUGAUAUUGACACCUCUGGAGCUGAUGAUGCUUACACAUCAACUGAUGCUGUACUCUGAAGGAGGAAACGGAUGUGUGACAUUCGCUUGGUUUCUCGAAUUUUCUUCAAUCCAGGAGAGAGCAUUGUAUCCCAGUCCGACGUUUUCCAGGAUUGUAAUAUGUAUACGCAAAAUGCCACUCUUUAAGACAGUUUGUAUCUUGUUGCAUAUCUAUAUAUACAACUGGACAAUUUUUUGAUUUUACCUCCAUAUUGGACGGUGGGAUGUUAGUGGAGUUCUGCAUGUUUGUGGCAUGGACCGCUUGUGUAAUCUGUUGGCAUUACUUGUGGAAUUUUUAGUCGUC